AUGCCCUAUCAUCAAGAAGAUGGGCUCAACAGCUCAGACAUCACUGCUUCCCACCAUGCUCCCAAGGAAACGCUUGGUCAUGUUCGACUUCAAGACGCGACCACAGGCGCCAUGCUCCUUGUGCCCCAGCCGUCGGCCGAUCCAAACGACCCACUCAACUGGUCGAAAGUCUUUAGGGUCUAUAUCGUCCUGCUCCUUUGCCUGGCGUUGAUCUGUGUCAAUUUCUUUGCAGCAGGUUCCGCCACUGUCCUGGUGGAAAUUGUCAUCGACCUCCUCGGCGCGUAUCCACCCGACCCACGUAAUCCCGCCUCUCUGUCCACAGCGUCGAUUGCGGCAUUCUCGUCUGCGGUCAGCAAGGCGGCUCUGCUCUUCUCCACGGCUUCUCUGACCGCUGGUGUGUCCAACCUUGUGUGGGUCCCACUCGCCGUCAAAUAUGGCCGUCGCGCGAUAUAUACUUUCACCUUUCUCGUUUUCGGCCUCUGCUGCAUCUGGUCGGCACGUGCAACCUCUUACGGUAGUCUGCUGGCAUCGAGGGUCAUAGGGUCAUGGUUUGCGGGCGGCAUUGAGUGCGUCGCUCCCCUUACCAUUGCAGAUGUAUCUUUCCUUCAUGAAAGGGGUAGAAUGACGGCGAUGUACUCGGCUUCGCUCUCGGCUGGUGCCGGGCUUGGAUUGAUAAUCUCUGGUCUCAUGUCAAUCUCACAAACAUGGAGGAAGUUUCAGUAUCUGUGCGCUGCUCUCGUGCUGACUACGACGAUCUUGAUUUUCUUCACCAUGCCCGAAACUGCGUAUCGACGGGACAUACGUGGAAUAGAGGAACGGACAACGGCAGACCUGAACGAGAAGGAUCCAAAUGUGUCCAGAGUGGAGCGCGUCGAAAGGUCUAACUUACCUCCGACUAAAUCCUUCAUUCAACGCAUAGCCAUCACUCAUUCUCCUCUCACUCAUGAGUCAAUCUGGAAAAUUGCCUUCCGUCCCUUGCCGGUCCUAUUGUUACCACCUGUCCUUUGGUCCACGGUGUCUUUCGGCGUAGGAAUUGGGAUCUUCAUCGUCAUGAGCACGACCGCCGCGACCGCUCUCUCACAGAUUUACCACUUCACAGUCUGGCAAGUGGGACUGGUCUGGAUCGCAAGCAUAGUGGGUAACGUGCUGGGAAUACCGUUUGGCGGUUACUUUUCAGAUUGGGUAGCCAACCGCGCAACUUGGAAGAAUGGGGGCAUUCGGGAGCCGGAAAUGCGCCUUCCUGCUGUGAGCGCCGCCAUGAUCGCCUAUCCAGGAUCCCUUCUACUCUAUGGCCUUGGGAUCAAUUAUAAAGUGCACUGGAUUGUCCCUACGUUGGGCGUGUUCUUGUUCUCGUUCGGUAGUAGUUCUGUGAUCGGUAUCAGCGUGGUCUAUACUAUUGACUGCUACAAGCCCAUUGCUGGUGAGGUCGUUGUGAGCCAGGUCGUCUUCAAAUCUGUCAUCACGUUUCUCAUGUCCUUCUACGCGAACCCAUGGGUGAAUCGGGACGGCUAUGCAGGAGCCUUUGCGGCCAUGGCAGCUUUCAGCUUCGUCAUCUUGGCGCUGUGGAUCCCCUUAUAUGUGUGGGGCAAGCGGAUUCGUCGUGCCACUUUUAACUGGCGCUUGAUGAAGCUCGCCCACUGGGAUGCAGACAGGGAGACGGGCGAGUAG